GAUGUUGGCUCCAUCACUUCAGGUUACUCCACAACAUCCUCCACUGCAUAUUUAGCUGGUGUCGAUUCCACCGUACUGGGUACUGAAGUGCUUCACUCAGUGACGGAGAGUACAGGAGAAGAGGCCGAUGAUGAAAGUAGUGAACUGAUCAGUGAAGGUCGCCCUGUAGAAACAGACAGUGAAAAUGAUUUUCCUGAUUUUGCAGCAAGUUCUGUGGAUAGGUUGUUCAGGGAGAAGACUCACGACAUGGUAAAGAACCUUAGAAGGAACUCUGAAGAAAGUGAAGUAAGUUGUUCAGGAGGAAUUUCAACACCAAAGUUAGACAGUCGCAGACUUUUCAAUUCAUACAAACUUAUUGAAUGUGAUACUCUAUCUCGGAAAAAGUUGGCCAGGUACAAAAUGGAAAGUGAAAGUUUAAGGGAUGCAAAACACAAAGAGGAUAUAAAGAAAGGAAAGAUGGACAACAGCUUAAUCACAUCAACAAGAAGUGAACCUGUCAAACAGGAACCUACAUGGAAACUCAAGAUUCCAGACAGAUUAAAACUGCAUCUCAAAUCAUCUGCUGAUGAUAUGCUUGGAACUGGCAAUCAGAAGUCAAGCCUUGCAGAGAGCUCCAAAAGAAAAAACAUCAGGCGAAGGCACACACUAGGAGGACAGAGAGAUUUUAUUGAAUCGAGUGUCCUGAAUGCAUGGCAAACUCAAGAAAAAUACCCAAGCCUGGAGAAAGACACUUCAGCUCUAAACUGGCUGAAGGCAAAAUCCCCAUCUCAGCAAACAAUGAUUUCAGAGUAUGUUGCACAAGAGCGUCUGCGGAGUAACCCAGUGGACCUUAAAAUAAAUAAAACUGAAAAGGUGAAUGUAAGCCAAUUAGAUGAUUCCUCAAAGGCAGAAUCCUCAUUUUCUGCAGAGUUAUCAUCAGGAGGGGAUAGUACCACUUCUUCUGGUAGUUCUUCCUCUGAAGCCUGGUACAUAAAACCCAUGGAGUACUCACUACUCUAGACCAUUUCAAUGGAGAAAGCUACCAAACUAUGAGUGAAGUCCAUCAGCCUGGCUGUUGAUGCUCA